CGGAAGUUACGUAGAAGAAGGAUGAGUUCCUGUGCGCAGAGUUGGUGCGCGGUGCGACGACAGCGUGAUGGCUUCAGCAGCGGCGAAACAGAUUGCCGCCGAGCAGGUGGUGGCCGGAUUUAACAGACUAAGGCAAGAGCAGAGAGGCUUGGCAUCCAAGGCAGCAGAGCUAGAAAUGGAACUGAAUGAGCAUACAUUGGUUAUUGAUACCCUGAAAGACGUGGAUCAGAGCAGGAAGUGCUAUCGAUUGGUUGGGGGUGUUUUGGUGGAGCGCACAGUGAAAGAAGUCUUGCCAGCCUUGCAGAACAACAAAGAGCAGAUUAACAAAAUCAUUGAGACACUAAGUGCACAGCUGCAGACAAAGGGGAGAGAGCUGAACGAAUUCCGAGAGAAGCACAACAUACGCAUCAUGGGGGAAGACGAGGCCAAGCAGCCCCCCAAGGAUAACGGGGAUGGCUCUGGGGCCAAACAAAGUUCUGCGGGUGUCUUGGUAUCUUAAAAGGCCAAGAACCCACACAACCUUGCACUGAUACCCGUCCUCCUCAAGGCCGGAGCAGAUCUUUUUUUUUUUUUGGUUUGUCUAUGAACGUUAAACUUGCCCAUUGAGUUUGGUUACUGUGUCACAGCAUGUUCUUCCAACUAGUUUCAUCACGAUACGCUGUAAUAUUCCAGUCCUUAGUGACUGCAAGCUGGAAAUUUUUUAAGGCUAUCACAGACAUAAAGUUCAUGUGACGUAACCUUCCCUUAGUUUACAGUCAUUGUCUCACUGGAGAUUGUCUUGCAUACUGUUUUUUUUUUUUUUUUAUUUUUUUUUUUUAUAUCUCCCAGAUUUCAAGAAUUGGAAUUGAGAGCCAGCUUCACAUACAUCCAUCACCUGUCCCGUAACAUUUUGAGUUUCUUCCCCCAUUUAAUAUUUUUGAUCUUGUUAAAUAAACUUAUUGUUUUCUCUCCCA